AUUUAUAAAUGUUGCACCAGCAUCGAGAGUUUCAUAGAAAGCAAUACAUCCGAUUUUAUCAAUCAAUCUUUGUUGUUCGAUAUCAUAAGCACCAGCCAUAUGAAAUAGCAAAACGCUCGUGAUACAACAAGCAAAUGAAUUUUAUUAUAAAAUAUAUCGGUGAAAAAACUAUCUUUGCUAUUACUUCAUGAACGGCUAAGCUGUCUCUCUGUCAUCACUUUCUAACAUAACGAAAAUGAAAAAAUCUUUCAAAUAACUGCUACGACGAGUAUUAGAUAACAGAAUGUAAAAAUAUAGGCUUAUUUUCUAAGGCCUAGUAAUACUUUAUACUCGUUAGAAUAACCUUUUUUGCUUUUUCUGUGCAACUCUUCAUUAUCUAUGGCUACAACUCGUCAAAAUGAAUUAUAACGAUUUUUGUGGAGAAAAGUUCAUGGUAUUUGUAAGUUUAAGGCAUGAAACUUCCUCGAAUUUUUGCUAUUUAGUAUUAGUAAAUUCUAUUUUACACAGGCUUUCAUAUAGUAUAAAAUCCAUCAUUUUUCUAUUAGAACAUAUAGCGCCCCCCCCCCCCUUGAAUAAUAUUAUUUACCACCCGGAAUUUAUGAAAUUUUUCGGUUUAUAUUGCUAGGAAAACUUAAAGCUUACUGAAGAUGAUUGGAGAACAAUUUUGAAGAAUGGUGGAGUGGCGGCUGUAUUAAAAAAGAAGCAAGAAGUCGAUGACCAAUGGCAAAAACAGCCAGUUUUAAUAGCAGUCGUCGGUCGAACAGGCGGUGGCAAAUCAACGCUCAUACGUCGUCUUCUUGAUAUGCAACCAGACGAUGAUGGCGAACCUCUAAUUGGUAGUGGAAACGAUUCUUGUACGUCAGAGUCUAAAGAGUAUCCGAAAUCAGGAACGGGUCUGGUGUAUAUUGACGUGCCAGGUGUUGGUAGUACGGAAAAAGAUCAUGCCUUCACAACUCCUGUAGAGCAAAAAAAUUAUAGUGCGCGUUUUAAGCUGCAAAAUAUUGAUUAUUUUCUGCUUGUCUUUGCGGAUAAAUUGCAGGAUCAUGAAGCACGAUUGAUUAGGUUUAUUACAGAUGAAUUAAAGAAAAGCGUUAGCGUCAUACAGACAAAAGUAGAUGCAAAGCGUCGGGAACACGCAACUAGAAAGUUAGAGCAAAAAUAUGAUUUAAAAUAUGUCAAAGACAAAUUUAGAAGAGAAAUUCAAGAAAUUCUGGACACUGAUCUCAAAAAUAUUUUUCUUCUCUCAAAUGAUGCUUGUUCGAUUACACCAGAUAAUCCAAAUUACUGGAUAUAUGAUCGAUCACCGGAUUAUGAGUUUAAUGAUCUAAUGGAUCGGAUACAAAAAGACAUGCUAGGUAAAGGCGGAUUGACUGCUGAAAAAGGAAAAGCAUUUAUACUCGCUACAGGUGCUGUCUGUGAGAGUGCUGUCCGAGCGAAAGCUAAUGCUUUGCGCAAUCAGUCAUGGGGUUGGGGAACUCUUUCAGGAGUGAUUGGCACAAUACCUAUACCCGGUGUCUCAUUGACAUGUGACGCGGCGAUUGUUGUGAAUGGGGCCACGAAUUAUUGUAACGCUUUUGGUCUGAGCCCACUGCGCUACAUUGGUGAAGGAACUUCAACUGAAAAGAUAAAAAGGCUAGGUAACACCAUGAUCGCAUCUAUGGGAUCUCGUGCUGCAAUCAUUUUCGGAUUGUUCGUUGGAUUGAAUACAGUCGAAGAAAAUGUCAAAGUUGUACCUGUAAUUGGUUCUGUUGCAGGUUCACUUAUAUCUUUCACAACAACAUGCCAGAUGUUGCGCUUACUAAUUGACUUUUGUGAGGGUGAAGCUUUAGCGUUUCUGCAAAAUCCACAAACCAACUCAUCAAAUUAA